UCGUAGCAUCUUCCUUUGGGUUCCGUUUCCGUGGCGGCAAGCAGCGUCCAACGCAAGAGAAGAGACCCAUUUAAUCCUCUCUCUAGCCACGCUUAAUCCAGCGAUUUCGUGUCGUCGUCUACGAUUUCUCCCUUAUCCAGCUCGGCCUCUGCUAAAUCGUAUUUUCGCUUGUUGAUCUUGGAAAAUCUAGUUGCGAGCUUUGGUAAAGUUUCCGCCUUUGACGGAGAAGAGAUGGAUGGUGCUGGCUUUCAGAGUGGAGGAUGGCGACGGAGGAAGAGGGGCUCUAGGAUUGGGUUCGGAGGUUCCGGUAGAUUGGUUACUUCUUCGCUUCCGAAACUCGGGCUUGACCAUCCGCGUGAUGGGAGCUAUUUUAAUGUGGAAUCAGAUUCUACUAGCAGCAGUGGGUAUCGAACCGAAGAAAGUUCAAGUUCAGACAAGCAAGCAGAUAGAGGACAAAUAAGUAGGGAUUUGGCUGAAAAGUUAGCAAAUGCAGAAGAUACUAAAUACUGUUUACCAAGCAUGAUUGAAAAAUUAAUGCAUACUGAUGACCUGCAUAGUGCAGGAAUAAUCCCUAAGAAACAGAGGACAAUAUGCUCUUGGGGUUUGACAAAGAUGGAUAAGGGCAAUACAAAUCCAAUUCAAACAUCUUUCAUGAACUUACAAAAAACCAAAGUGAAUUUGGUUUCUAGGCAACAUAAAUGUGUUGGUCCAAUAGGUUUCCCGGUUAAUGAACCAUUAUCUGGCCGAGAACAGUCUAGCAAUUAUUUGGAGGAACAAAGCUUCGCCGGGGACAACAUAAACUCUAUUAGGGAAAGAACUUCCUGCCUAUUCAGUCAGUCUCUUAAAGAGCAUAGUCAAUUUAGGUUAGCAAAAUUGCAGUAUACAGGCAAAAGCUUCCAACGUAUCCAUCCAAGUCAAGUCAGCAUGUUGAAGCACAAUUUAAAGAAAGAUUAUAAAACGGGUGGUGAUGUUUUGCUUCCAAACCAAUCUGCAAAUCUGCAACUUAGUAACAGAGCACAGGAAACUAGAUUGAGGUUCAUAGAAUUCCAUUCUAAAGGAAGGGGCCAUCUUAGUGUGCCCAGCAAUAUGAAAAAGUUUGUCAGUAAGACAAGGAAUUCAAGAGAAGUUGCCAAAAGUGUCAAAAAGCUUGUGGGGCAGUCCGUGGAUGUUGGCACUAGGACACCCGGCGCACUUGGCUUGGGCUCAAGGUAUGAGUCUAAUGAUGAUUUCAGAAUGUUUACAAAAAAGUUGUACUCAAGGCACAAAAAUUACUAUUCUUAUAGUCGAAGUUUCACAAGGAAUGGCAUUAUGCACAAUAGGGAGAAGCUUCAACAUAAGCUACCUUCAUAUGACCUGCAAGUGUGUGAAGAUGGGAAGGUACCUGAGCUUGACCUUCCUGGCUCGGCUAUUGCAGCUGUUUCUGAUGAUGGGAACCUGGAUGAUGUGGAUAUUCUGUCGCCAAAUAUUAGACAUAUGGAUGAAGAAGCUAGAAUAGAUACACACUCAAUAAAGAAUGAAGAUAAUAUCAGCAGUCAUCCAGAGGUUCUUGGUCAGGCCCAAAUUUCCAAAUCAAAUACGGAAGUUACAUGCGACGACAAUUCAGAAGUUCUCAGACUGCCUAAUGUUGAUGUUGAAAAUCUUAGAUCGCUUCAACAGAGUGAGGACUUGAGGGAGUUUGUUAACGAAAGGGUCAGGGAUUCCUACCUGCUUGACAUAUUCUUACAUCCUGGUGCUUGUUGUGCUAAGAAAAGGAAGCUUUUUGAUGCAAACUACUUGAUGGAAUGUGGUACUGGCACAGGUCUGUUUGAAAAACUCGAAAAGAAGUACAACAAGCCUGUCUCAUGGUCAAGUUCAGAAAGAAAGCUAAUUGUUGACCUUCUAAUCUCCAUCCUUGCUGAAAGCCUGUCCGCUUGUGUGUACCUGCAUCCAUGGACAAACUCAACUCGUAAGAUCGAGCCUAUCUUGUGUUUUCAAGGAACGACUGAGAAUGCACAAGAAAUGGUGCUGGAUCCCAAAUGGUUAGAUUUGGGAAAUGAUGUCCAUGAAAUGGGAAAAGAUAUAGCACAGAUGCUGCAGGAAGAACUCCUAGAUGAUCUUGUUUCAGAAUUCAUCUCAUGUUACGAUGGCUUUUGCUAGGAAAUGCUUACAUACAGUGGGAGUUUUUCAAUUACCAUAAAGGUUUGAAUCGGUCAUUCCAGUUGAGUCGAGAGGAUGCCUAUGGGUCGAUCGUGAUGAUCAAUAAGUGCUGGGGUUACCGGAGUCGAGUCAUCUUGCUCGUCUAUAGGUGUUUAGGUCCAACAACCAUGCCAAAUUGUAUGGGCAUGGCUAUUUUUUUCUCCUUGUGAGACUUUUAUAGUGAGCAUUUGGAAGCCAAUUUGGUAAGAGUACCAGAGGUUUUUUUUGUCCGUUUUAGGAAAUAGUUGUCGCUAGGUAGUUAGGAUUGCUUUGAUUGUUUGGUUAGCAAUAGCUAUGCUUAGUCUCUCUGGUAUUUGUUCUACAACCAUAGCAAAUAAUAAUAAUCAUAAUAAUGAAAAAAAGAGAUUGAUUGGAA